GCAUCGUAAUUGUAUUCGUACCGAAUCAAAAAAAACUAUUGUUUUUUUUUAAUUCCUUUCGUUCGUUUCGUUGUUAAUAUUUUAUUAUUGAAUAUUUAGGGAAAAUAUAUAACUAUAUAAAUACAAAUUUCUGCAAAAGCAAUGGUGAAUUGUCUGUGAUUAUAUAUCUUUACGUGAACUGAAAAGAAGAUGAAUUCUAGCGAUAAGUUGAAUGUAUUAGGUUACAUAGUUACGUUGCUAAUUUUACUAUGCUAUUGUGCAAACGCUUCAGAUCAGUGGAAUGGAAACUGGUUUCCGAAGAAACCUGGUGAGAUUGAUCCGAUAUUAGACAAUAAUAGCAUUGUUGGCGAUGACAACCAAAAUAACCACGACGUUGACAAUGAUAUCAAUAACAACAAGAGCAGCAGCAGCAGCAGUACCAACCAAAUCGAUGGCAACUUGAUUUAUACCAAAAAAAUGAAAACCAUGGGUAUCACCGACCCAAAAUGUGACGACGCGGAGACAAAUUUAUGGAUAGAUUACGAUCCUAAGAAUAUAUCACAUCACGAUCGUUUCUUAUGCAUGCAGAAUCGUAAACCAUUUAAUCCAAACCCAAAUACUGAGCCCAUUUUAAGAGAAUAUACCAUUCCAGUGGAGUACUCUGCUUUACAUCGUUGCAUGAACGAAUCAAUAAGCUAUGAUUAUAAUAUUCCAACAUUUGGUACACAUCGGCCAGUGUGGCCUGUCUAUGGUGAAUAUAGCUAUGUGCCCGUACAAAGAUGGCUCCAUAAUUUGGAACAUGGUGCCAUUGUUGCUGCAUACCAUCCAUGUGUAAAUAUCCGUCAAUUGGAUCUCUUCCGGAAAUUAGUUAAGAAAUGUUUAUAUCGUCACAUAAUUACACCGUACGAGAAGUUGGCCGCAGAGCGACCAUUCGCAUUAAUUGCAUGGGGUCGAAGCUUGGAAAUGUCUGUAAUUGACAUUGACAUUGUUGUCGGCUUCAUACGAAUGAAUGCACUACAGGGACCGGAAAAAACUUCUCGCAACGGUCAAUACAGUAGCGGACUCAUUGGUCAGGCUCAACAUGUUUCGGAUGCAGAUGAUAACAAUUUGUGUCCACUCAUGUAAAGCAACCAUUAACAGGAACAAAAAAGCAAACAAACAAAAAACACAAAAGUUUUAGCAAUUUAGCCGCGUCGCAUUUAAUUUUGUACAAUUGGUUCUGAAGAGUUGUAGAUCUUAAAAAAAAAUAAUGAAUUUAGCUUAGACGUAGAUCGUCGGCAAAACUAAAACUGGUAAAACAGAGAAAAUAUUGCCUACAUGAAACAAGAAAAUCAGAUGCUUCUCUGCUAUGGAUUGAAACCUGCUUUUAGCCGACGAUAGACUAUUUCUAUAUAAAUAUAGUAAUGCGGACGAUUAUAAGCGCCUUUACGCUUCUUUACAUUGCAUCACACAGGAUAACAAAAUAUGAGUGAUAACAAUCCAAGAAACUACGGUUUUACACACAAAUUAACAUUCCAAUUAACGAUGAUAAUCUUACAAUGUACCUAAAAAACAAACCUAUACUACUGUUAUAAUUAUUUUUCGAGUUGACAAUUACUAUUUAUAGUGCAAUAAAAAUAAUUUAUUGACAAUGAACUCGAUUAGACAAAGACGAAA